CCUCCCCAGUCCACUGGGGUCCUCCCCCUGCAAGGUACCUUCCCUAAGCUGUGUAGGGGAGAAUGAAAGGACCCGAAAGCGUCCAUGCUUAAGAACUGUUCGAAAAAGCAAUGCGCACAGUGUGACUGAUGUAAAAUCGGGAGUGCUCGGGGGGAAAGCCACCAGGACAACACGCCUUGGCCAAGUUACAAACACUGUUGGCUCCAUGGAGACAUUCUGGGCUGCCUUCACCUAACACAACUUUACAAGUUACUUGGAAGGCGCCGUUUGGAUUCUCGAAGAAAGGACAGCAGCGCAGCCCAACGUCACUCCACAACCCUCAGCCGCUGCCGGACCGGCCCCGCCCACGUCCCGGCCUCCGUGGGCGGGGACAAAAUCUACCAACCAGGAGUUCCUGAGGCAUUCGAAGACGCCUCCACCUAUAGAGGAGAGGCGUUUCCCCAAAUUCCGGCGCUUCCUAGUAGACGCAGUUUUGUCAACCUUCCCUGAUUAGCAAUCAAGUCUAUUAGCCAGACCGGAAGUGGAGACCCCUGCACCUUGCGCGCGGAGCAGGAAGUACAGAAGGGAGGCGCCUACUCGGCGGAAGCCGAGCUCCGGACACGCCCACCUGCCGGAAGCGCCGGAGGUGUUUCUCUGACAGGGUUGCUCUUUGACAGGCUCGCUGCGGAGGCAGACAGGCGACGGGGUCUGGGCGGAGGCUGAGGACCAAGUAGGCAUGGCGGAGGGCGGGAGCCCCGAUGGGCGGGCCGGCCCAGGGCCCGCAGGUCCUAAUCUGAAGGAGUGGCUGAGGGAGCAGUUCUGUGAUCACCCACUGGAGCACUGUGAAGAUACGAGACUCCAUGAUGCAGCCUAUGUAGGGGACCUCCAGACCCUCAGGAACCUCUUGCAAGAGGAGAGCUACCGGAGCCGCAUCAAUGAGAAGUCUGUCUGGUGCUGUGGCUGGCUCCCCUGCACACCACUGAGAAUCGCAGCCACCGCAGGCCAUGGGAACUGUGUGGACUUCCUCAUACGCAAAGGGGCGGAGGUGGACCUGGUGGAUGUCAAGGGACAGACGGCCCUGUAUGUGGCUGUGGUGAACGGUCACCUGGAGAGCACUGAGAUCCUGUUGGAAGCUGGUGCUGACCCCAAUGGCAGCCGGCACCACCGAAGCACUCCUGUGUACCAUGCCUCUCGUGUGGGUAGGGGUGACAUCCUGAAGGCUCUUAUCAGGUAUGGGGCAGAUGUUGAUGUCAACCAUCAUCUGACUCCUGACACCCGGCCUCCUUUCUCAAGGCGGCUAACCUCCUUAGUGGUCUGUCCCCUAUACAUCAGUGCUGCCUACCACAACCUUCAGUGCUUCAGGCUGCUCUUGCAAGCUGGCGCAAAUCCCGACUUCAACUGCAAUGGCCCUGUCAACACUCAGGAAUUCUACAGGGGCUCCCCUGGGUGUGUCAUGGAUGCUGUCCUGCGCCAUGGUUGUGAGGCAGCCUUCGUGAGCCUGCUGGUAGAGUUCGGAGCCAACCUCAACCUGGUGAAGUGGGAAUCCCUGGGUCCAGAGGCAAGAGGCAGAAGAAAGAUAGACCCUGAGGCCUUGCAGGUCUUUAAAGAAGCCAGAAGUAUUCCCAGGACCUUGCUGAGUUUGUGCCGUGUGGCUGUGCGAAGAGCUCUUGGCAAAUACCGACUGCAUCUGGUUCCCUCGCUGCCGCUGCCCGACCCCAUAAAGAAGUUUCUGCUUUACGAGUAGCAUUCAGAUGCAGCGCUGACUGCAGUGAGGAAGCCGAUCAUCUGCAGUGAAAACUGACACAGACUCUGGCGUCCUGGGAACCGUGUCCUCUGCUGCCAAGUUGGUUCUUGGCUGUCAGUGAAGAAGAAACGGCCAUGUUCUCUUGGACAGUGAUUCCAUCUCAGGUGCUGGGGCCGUCGAACACUCCUUGAGUCAUUGUCAACUGAGAGGCGCAUACAAACUUAAUUUUGUUCCUCUUCAAGCUCUUUGUUUUGAAUUCUUCCUGAUACACAUUAAUGAAAUGGGCUGUGAAAUGUGUGCAGUGUGGGCUGAGCCUGGCGAUAGCCCCAGUGGGGAAGGCUUUUCCCCAGAGCUAUGCAUCUGCUUAUUUCCUAUUUUGCAAUUUAUUGUCCUUUUAAGGCUUGAUAUCCAAACAAAAGAGGUUUGCUAAGAAAA